CAGUCGCAGUCGGAAGUUGCGGGAGCAGAAACCUGCCGCCUGCCUGCCCGCCAGCCGGCCGGCCCUCGGGACCGACCCUCCAGCCUCCUUCGCCCUUUCGGGCCGCUCCAUUUCCUCUCUCUUCAGCGACCUGACGGACGGAGGCCCUGGGCCGCCGCGGGCCCCCAUGGAGUCUGCCCCCUGAGGCGGAAGGCUGAUCGGCGGCGGUGGCCCUCCCCGCCCCAGCCCAGCGAUGCGGGCCGGGCCCCUCGGCGCAGGUACCAUUUGGAUAAUACUUUAGUGGCACAAUGUACUCUGAGUGGCGGUCACUUCAUUUGGUUAUUCAGAAUGAUCAGGGUCAUACUAGUGUGCUUCACAGCUACCCUGAUAGCGUUGGUCGGGAUGUUGCAAAUGCAGUAGUACGUCCUCUCGGACAAGCCUUAAAUGCCUCUUCAGGGGCUGGAAGCGAAAGUUUGUUAAAAACAGACAAAGAAGUAAAAUGGACCAUGGAAGUGAUUUGCUAUGGACUGACUCUUCCAUUGGAUGGAGAUACUGUAAAAUAUUGUGUGGAUGUAUAUACAGAUUGGAUAAUGGCCCUAGUAUUACCAAAAGACUCCAUUCCAUUGCCAAUCAUCAAAGAACCCAACUUAUAUGUUCAGAACAUUUUAAAACAUUUACAAAAUCUUUUUGUACCAAGACAAGAACAGGGAUCCAGUCAAAUUAGGUUAUGCUUACAAGUUUUAAGAGCCAUCCAGAAGCUAGCUCGUGAGUCAACCAUCAUGGCGCGAGAAACAUGGGAAGUUUUGUUAUUAUUUCUCCUGCAGAUUAAUGACAUUCUUCUGGCAAUGCCAACUGUUCAAGGUGGCAUUGCUGAGAAUCUAGCAGAGAAGUUGAUUGGUGUUCUCUUUGAGGUCUGGUUACUAGCUUGUACCCGUUGUUUCCCAACUCCACCUUACUGGAAAACUGCCAAGGAGAUGGUGGCCAACUGGAGGCAUCAUCCAGCUGUGGUGGAACAGUGGAGCAAAGCUAUUUGCGCCCUCACUUCUAGGUUAUUACGUUUUACAUAUGGUCCUUCAUUUCCUCCAUUUAAAGUUCCUGAUGAAGAUGCCAGUCUUAUCCCGCCUGAGAUGGAUAAUGACUGCAUUGCACAGACAUGGUUUCGCUUUUUACAUAUGUUAAGUAAUCCCGUGGAUUUGAGUAAUCCAGCCAUUAUAAGCUCUACUCCCAAAUUUCAGGAACAGUUCCUUAAUGUGAGUGGAAUGACACAAGAAUUGAAUCAAUAUCCCUGCCUUAAACAUCUGCCUCAUAUAUUUUUUCGUGCCAUGCGUGGAAUCAGCUGCCUGGUGGAUGCAUUCUUAGGUAUUUCUCGACCUAGAUGUGACAGUGCCCCACCCACACCAGUGAACAGGUUGAACAUGCCCCAGAGCACUGCCAGCAGCACAACUCCCCCUCAUAAUCGAAGGCAUCGAACAGUUACUGUGAAUAAGGCCACCGUGAAGACUAGCACAGCCAACAUUGGGCAUGCCUCUAAAGUCUCGCACCAGACGUCUUCCACUUCUCCACUGUCUAGUCCCAACCAGACUAGCUCAGAGCCUCGACCACUGCCUGCCCCGAGGAGGCCCAAAGUGAAUAGCAUCUUGAAUCUCUUUGGAUCAUGGUUGUUUGAUGCAUCGUUUGUUCAUUGUAAACUUCACAAUGGACUAAACAGAGACAGCAGCAUGACUGCAUCUUUUAUCCAAAUUCUUCUUUCUUAUAAAUCUUCUAUAACGACACAAGCUAAUGUGGAGUUCCGCCGGAAAGGGUCACAAAUGUCCUCAGACACCAUGCCUUCCAAUCUCAUGUUUGAUGCAAGUGAAUUUCCCGAUAACUAUGAAGCAGGAAGAGCUGAGGCUUGUGGGACACUAUGUAGGAUUUUUUGUAGCAAGAAGACUGGAGAAGAGAUUCUGCCAGCUUAUUUAUCCAGAUUUUACAUGCUUUUAAUUCAAGGUUUGCAGAUAACUGAUUAUGUGUGCCACCCUGUCUUGGCCAGCAUUAUUCUAAACUCACCUCAUUUAUUCUGCUGUGACCUGAAAGGGAUUGAUGUUGUGGUUCCUUACUUUAUUUCAGCUCUUGAAACUAUAUUGCCUGAUAGGGAACUCUCAAAAUUCAAAACCUAUGUAAAUCCAACAGAGCUAAGAAGAGCCUCUAUUAAUAUCCUACUUUCCUUGUUACCACUCCCUCAUCAUUUUGGCAAUGUCAAAUCUGAGGUGGUUCUGGAAGGAAAGUUUAGUAAUGACGACAGCUCUUCAUAUGAUAAACCAAUAACUUUUCUGUCACUGAAAUUGAGGCUUGUGAAUAUACUAAUAGGUGCCUUGCAAACUGAAACGGACCCCAACAACACUCAGAUGAUAUUAGGUGCAAUGUUAAAUAUUGUUCAAGACUCAGCACUUUUAGAAUCAAUUGGUUGUCAGAUGGAAAUGAAUGGUGAAGAAAACCUGAAAAGUCAUAGUCGUACUAAUAGUGGCAUUAGUUCAGCAAGUGGAGGAAGCACAGAACCUACAACCCCAGAUAGUGAAAGACCUGCCCAGGCUCUCCUAAGAGAUUAUGGAUUGACAGCUCUUAAUACAGAUACAGCUGCUGGACUCCUGAUUCGUAGCAUUCACCUUGUAACCCAAAGACUCAAUUCUCAGUGGCGUCAAGACAUGAGCAUAUCAUUGGCUGCAUUAGAGCUUCUUUCUGGACUGGCAAAGGUGAAGGUGACAGUGGACUCAGCAGACCAAAAGAGAGCCAUUAGUUCUGUGUGUAGUUACAUUGUGUACCAGUGUAGUCGGCCAGCUCCACUUCACUCCAGAGAUCUUCACUCCAUGAUUGUUGCAGCUUUUCAGUGUCUUUGUGUCUGGCUGACAGAACAUCCUGACAUGCUUGAUGAAAAGGAUUGUUUAAAAGAGGUAUUAGAGAUUGUGGAAUUGGGUAUCUCAGGAAGCAAGUCCAGGAGUAGUGAACAAGAGGUCAAGUACAAAGGAGAUAAGGAGCCAAACCCUGCAUCUAUGAGGGUAAAGGAUGCAGCUGAAGCUACCCUUACAUGCAUCAUGCAGUUACUUGGUGCAUUCCCUUCACCUAGUGGUCCUGCCUCUUCUUGUAGCCUGGUGAAUGAAACUACUUUGAUUAAAUGCUCUAGGCUGCCUACAGUAAACAGACAUAGUUUCCGAUACUUUGUCCUGGAUAAUAGUGUCAUCCUUGCAAUGCUGGAGCAACCCCUAGGGAAUGAACAGAAUGAUUUUUUCCCAUCUGUCACUGUUUUGGUCCGUGGUAUGUCUGGAAGACUUGCUUGGGCACAGCAGCUUUCCCUUUUACCAAGAGGGGCAAAAGCAAAUCAGAAGCUUUUUGUGCCAGAACCUCGUCCACUUCCUAAAAAUGAUGUUGGAAUUAAAUAUACAGUGAAACAUCGACCAUUUCCUGAAGAGGUUGACAAAAUUCCUUUUGUAAAGGCAGAUCUGAGCAUUCCUGACUUGCAUGAAAUCGUAAAUGAGGAAUUAGAAGAGAGACAUGAAAAACUUAGGAAUGGCAUGGCCCAGCAGAUCACUUAUGAAAUAUCCAUUGAGCAGCAAAGUGAAGAGGAGUGGCGAAAGAAAAGUUUCCCUGACCCAGUUACUGACUGUAAACCCCCACCUCCUGCCCAGGAAUUCCAAACUGCACGUCUUUUUCUUUCACACUUUGGGUUUUUGUCAUUAGAGGCAUUAAAGGAACCUGCAAAUAGUCGUCUACCUCCUCACCUUAUUGCACUUGACUCAACAAUAUCUGGAUUUUUUGAUGACAUUGGCUAUCUGGAUCUUUUACCAUGUCGCCCUUUUGAUACAGUUUUUAUUUUCUAUAUGAAAGCAUAUCAGAAGACAAGUCAAGAGAUUUUGAAGAAUGCCGAGUCUUCCAAAAAUGUUCAGCCACAUUUCUUAGAAUUUUUGUUGUCUCUUGGCUGGUCAGUGGAUAUAGGCAAGCACCCUGGGUGGACUGGACAUGUUUCUACAAGCUGGUCUAUUAACACUUACAGUGAUGCUGAUGUACCUGAGCAAGAGGAAAUAGGUCUGUGUGAAGAUAUUGGAGCAAGUAUUUUCAAUGGACAGAAAAAGGUGUUGUAUUAUGCUGAUGCCCUUACAGAAAUGGCUUUUGUUGUUCCUUCACCCGUGGAAUCUUUAACUGAUUCAGUAGAAAGCAAUAUUUCAGACCAAGAAAGUGAUUCAAAUAUGGAUCUUCUGCCUGGAAUACUAAAACAGCCAUCACUUACACUUGAACUUUUCCCUAAUCAUACAGACAAUCUUAAUUCUUCACAGAAGUUAAGUCCUACUUCCCGCCUAAAGAAGUUGCCUCAGGGUCGGACUGUCCCACCUAUGGGACCUGAGACAAAAGUGUCUGUUGUCUGGGUUGAACGUUACGAUGAUAUAGAAAACUUUCCCCUUUCUGACCUGAUGUCAGAGAUCAGCACUGGUGUAGAAAUGACUUUAAACAGUAGCACUUCUCUGAGAUCAACUACCCUUGAAAAAGAAGUUCCUAUCAUUUUCAUCCACCCUCUAAAAACUGGAUUAUUCAGAAUAAAAAUUCAAGGAGCUACUGGCAAGUUUAACAUGGUCAUCCCACUGGUGGAUGGGAUGAUUGUCAGCAGGAGAGCACUUGGUUUCUUAGUGAGGCAGACUGUAAUAAACAUUUGUAGAAGAAAGAGGCUAGAAAGUGACUCCUACAAUCCUCCACACGUACGCCGAAAACAGAAAAUUGCAGAUAUUGUCAAUAAAUACAGAAAUAAGCAGCUGGAGCCAGAAUUUUAUACUUCACUUUUCCAGGAGGUUGGACUCAAGAAUUGCAAUUCUUAAACCAGUGUCCUCCAAAGACAAUUAUUAGAUCAGAGAUUGGUGGCUACCAGAGGGAACAGUGGAAAUAUGUUACUAGACUGACUGGACGAAAAAAUCCCACCACCACCACCACCAAAAAAUAAAUAAAUAAAGCUUAUCUUUCAAUCACCAAUACAGAAGAGAUACCAUUAGAAGUACAACUUAAGAAGAAUUUCUGCUUUCUGGUGAGAAGAGGUCUCCCAAACACAAUCAUAAACCUCUCAUUGGGGUGAUAUAAAUUUUAUCCAAUACAACUUUUUUUUUAAAGUGACAGUUUUACUUAAAAUAGUACAUUUCGGGAGAAACUCUAAACAGCUUUGAUAAAUUGUUCAUCAAGAAAGGGGAAGUGUAAUAUAAAGUGGUUCAUAAACUAGCAGUCAGAGUCUUACACAGCUCCCUUUUCCAGGAGAUUAAAUACCAAAUGGGUUCUUCUCCCAGAAUCUCCAAAGACUGAUUUCCCAAACCUGGAGUUGCUUGUGCUGGGGAGAAAACCAAGAAGAAUUCUAGUCUCUUAUUCUAGCAUCAUCUUUACAAAACGAAGAACCCAUGAAUAUCUCGUAUGCAGAUAUUUUUAAAGGAAAGGUCUGACUUUCAAAUAUUCAUCUUCAUGUAUCAAAAAGAUAACAAAUAUGUCAAUGUCAGCAUUGUUCUACUCAUUUAUACAGAUCAUCUGUCUAACAGUAACCACAGGUUACCACAGAAAGGGGUCUAUCAGGAGCACACCCAAAGUGGGGGGUUCCGUUGUCUACAUUCCUUGGCAAUGUAGAAAAACACAAAGCAAAAAGUUAUAUAAAAUCAGUGAAGCCAUCACUCCACCUGUGUCCAGUUCAGUGUAGCAGAAAGAAAGAUGUUUCUCAGACACUAGGAAGGGAAAGUUGAAAUGUUACAAAAUUUCUUGUUGGUUUCAAUAAAUUUCACUUCGCAACUAUUGUUGAAAAUGAUUUGAUUUCAUGUAUGAUCUAUAUUUUUAUCAGGACUCAAUAGAAAAUGUCUACUGUGGACAUAUAAUUAGGAAUUUUGAAAGUAUAAAUUAAACUUCACUGAUUUAGUUGUAUUGCAAAAAGAAAUUACCUAUUGCCCAUGAAUGUACUCAGUAUUAGUAACUAUGUUAUUGGGUUCUGACAGAAAUUGUUCCUCUUUGUCAAUCGUUCUGUGUCAUAGGUUUUGUUAAUCUGAAGACAUGAUACACGUUAAAAUCCUUAUUGUGAUUAAUUUUAGACAUCCCCCUCCACCUGACUUUUACUGGUCUUCCCAUAUGAAGAGUUUUAGGUGGAUCCAAAGUAUCCUUAUAGUGAUUCCUAGAGCAUUGUAAGACAAUUCUUGUCCUCUUUUCUUCCCUUUAUUAUUUAUUUGAGAUUCUUUUAUCUUCAGGUAUUUAAACAACCAAUUCAAAUUCAGAGAAAUUUGAUCAUAUUUCUUUCAGUUGAAUGUGUUCACUAUUACAUGAAGCAUAUUUGGUUAAAUACAGUGUUUUGUUUGAUGUUAUUCUAAUUUUUACUACCCACCUUCCCCUACUCAGAUUCAAAUCUUAUUCCGUAAGGCAUGCAAAUUUGCCAUCUGUACACAGAGAUGUGAAUUGACAGCUUUUGUUUCUAAGUUUGCUCUUCAGUGUUUUUUUUUUAAUUUUCUUUACAUCCAAGCCACUUCUUUUUACCCAGUUUCCCCUCACUAGUAUAAUACAAUUCUAAUGAUAGUUUAUUUCCUUUCAAACCAAGCUAGAAUUUCCAUAUUUCCAAAUUGUUGAGUAGUGGGAAAAACAGAAUAAAUUUGUUCUACCAUAAAAAUUAAGUAGCUGUUUGUAUGAAAUCUUAAACAGGACAUCAGGUUUUGCACAUUGUAAGGAAAAACUGGCCUUAUCUUUCAGUUUAAUCAAUCAAAAUGAUUAUACUAUAGCCUUAAAUUUUUUUAAAUCCUAAAAUUCAAAGGUGAUUGACUAAUGUCAUGCUUAUCCAAUAUUCUUCAAAUAAAACCCAACUUUUGCAAAAGUGAUGAAGUCAGGAAAAUCUAUUCACGAAAAAGAAAAUGUCCUGACUCCACUUCUUUUUACUAGCAUCUCUACAUAAUUUCCCCCCUUUCUAACAGAUGAAUAAGUCAUGGAAAAUGUUUUGUUUGUGGAACGGCAGGAGUAUUGUUUGUAUGUUGUUAGUGCAAAGAAAGUAGUGGGAUUCAAUGACCUCUCUCAAAAUCUAAAAUCUGCAUCAUAAGCAUUCUUCUUUAGUCCCUAGAAGUAUUUAUAUUGGCAUACAUUACAUGACCUAGAGGUCAGAUAAAAGCAAUUGCUGCAUCCAUAGGGAAGUUUUUGAUUAAGAUUGCUGAACUAAUGCACAGUUGGUUUGAGUUCAUGAUCACUACAUUCACCAACUGUUUUUACUAUAUACAAAUCAUUCUGGUUAAAAUGGCCUAUGAGAAGCAUAUUUAAUCCACUGAUUAAAUGGCAUGGCCAGUGCAUGUGCUCAGUUGUCACAUAAGAAGUUUUUACUAUUCCACAUAAUUGAAUGUUUCUGCAUAUAUUCAAUAAUCACUUUUGGACAUCAAAAUCUGCUUUAGUUUACUUCAUCUAUAAUGUAUUUGUCUUUAAAGUAUAUUUAGUCACCAUAAGUGACUUUGCUACAGGUAUACACUGGAGGAUGAGUGUGUUACAAGAACAUAGAGUAGUGUUACAGAAUUUCACUUCCAAGGCCAAGCUCUAUAACACGUGCUCGUGUACACACAUACACACACACACACACACACACACACACACACACACUUUCUGAAGGUAAAUUAUUAAGAUGUCUUCUGGAAUGAACUGUUAAAUUUUUCCCAUUAUUAGCAGCAGUUCUGAAAAUGAGUGUGGGGAUGCUUUUUUCGGGCUUUAAAAUCUUUUUUGGCUACUUAUCCUCUCGGUCCAUUUCAUCAGUUCUUUCAAGCCUUUACCAUUUCUACAAUUUCCCCUAUGUGGGCAAUAUAAUUAUGUAACAUUUUUUCCUUUCUCCUCCCUUUUUAUUAUUUUCUACUCUGAGGAGUUGUGUCCAUCCUCCUCUCCACCAAUCUCCUUUCAAGAAAGGCAAAGUGGUUAAUAAUGGUAAAUAAUAUAUGUUGGCUAUAGGUUGUCCAGGAUUUGAGGCCUUCACAAACAGUUACCUCUUCUGCACUUGAUGGGAAGUACUUGAUUGAUUUUCAAAUACACAAAUGUGUUGAUCUAACUUAAUAUUAUUAUUGGAAGGUUAAAUUUUACCCAGAAAGGUGAGUACAAUUGACCUGAAUGGCAAAUUAUAUAAUUUUCUGAUAUCAGAGAUUUUGACAUUACUUACCUAUGUGACAAUUAGAUUUUCUAUUUAACUUUUAAAACAAUUUCAAGCCCCAUUUAAGUACUGGAUUGUAUCUUCAUAAAAGUAUUGUUUUGUAUAUUUCAAACCAUCUCAGUGCUUUCUGAAUUUAGAGAGCUGCUGCAAAGACAAAUCUUAGGAAAUACCACUUGUAAGACGUUCAGUCAAACAGUUUCUCAGCAGAUAGAUACAUCUGCUUCACCUAUGAUAGUAGCUCUCUUUUGUCCCUGAACUAAUUUUUCUUAUUAAAAAGUAAGAAAAAGAGUGUCAUUUGAAAUUUCACAUUUCAAGACUUUCUCUAGAAGUGAAUGGAGGGCAUCUUUCUCAGGCUUUGUAGUUGUGGCUGGCAGUGAGCAAUAGCCAUUAUUUGCUUGAAAUCACAAUACAAUUUGUAUGAACUUAUGUAUGUUGCCAAGACAUGAUCUUUUUGUUGUUACUGUAUUUUCUGUAAAUAUUUCUGGCACUAAAUUGUAAAGUAAAGACAACAUGUAAAUAUGAAGAUGUGAACUCUGUUCCCUCCUCUCUAGUAUUUUAUCUCUUUGUUAGAGAAGGCACAGAAGCUUGUUUGUAUUUAUGCCAAUUCUUUGUCCAGAAGAAACACAUGGAAUACUGAAUGUAACACACUUAGUCAAUUAAAUUUUAAGGAUAUUCUUAUCUAAUA